UUAAGCGCCAAUAAUCAAACUGUUCACGUUAAGAUGGAACCAAAUGAACCUUUUUACGGCGAGGAAAGAAACUUAAACGAUAAUAAUCAAACUGUUCACGUUAAGAUGGAACCAUAUGAACAUUUUUACGGCGAGAAAAGAAACUUAUCCGAUAAUAAUCAAACUGUUCACGUUAUGAAACCAUAUGAACAUUUUUACAGUGAAGAAAGAAACUUAAACGAUAAUCAAACCGUUCACGCUAAGAUGGAACCAUAUGAACCUUUUUACGGAACGAAGGGAAACUUAAGAGAUAAUCAAACUGUUCGCAUUAAGAUGCAAUCAUAUGAACCUUUUGGAAAUGAAAGAAAUUUAAGUGAUAAUAAUAAACCUGUUCACAUUAAGAUGAAAUCAUAUGAAUCUUUUUACGGAGCGGAAAGAAACUUAAGUGAUAAGAACCAAGCUGUUAAGAUUAAAGUGGAGCCAUACGAAUCUCUUCACAACGAAGUAUAUUUAAGCGGUAAUUAUCGAGCUAAAAUUGAUUUAUCUAAGCAAAAAGAAUUUGAAGACAGUUUAGAAGAGUUUUUACGUUAUGACGAAACCAUUGGACUUGAAAUGGAGCCAUACGGAUCUUUUCGCAAUGAUAAUCAAACUGUAAAACCAUGCAAUGAGGAAUAUUUAAGUGAUGAUAGUUAUGAAUCUCCUAAUAGUAAUGGUGAAUACUAUAAGACUUUUAACGAAAAUUUGAGAGAUGGCACGACUGUUAAUAUUAAAUCAGACAAACUAAUUAGAAGUGAGGAAUUAAAUAUUGACGAUAGUAAUUUAUCUUUUGUUAAUGGUGAUAAUUGCGCAGAUUUUGUAGACGAACAAAUGAAUGAAUAUAAUUUACCUAAUUAUAAUAGAGGUAAUGCGUAUUCAGAUUUUGAAGGCAAUAAUAAUAUUGCCAAUAAAAUAGCGGACAAAUCUGAAAUCAAUCACCACUUUUGGAACUAUGUACCAUUCUUUGAUAUAUAUUCUACAACUUCACGACAAUCUUCAAAAAGGAAAUUUGAAUAUGAAGAACAAUAUAGUAGUGAUUUAUCAUCUACAACUAAACAAAAUGCAUAUACGACUUCACUAAAUGAAACAACAGGAGAGAGUUCACAAAAAAGAAGUCGGUUAGCAUACCGCAUGAACGAAAGACACAAAUGUAAAUGCGGAAAAUUAUUUAGAAAGCCUGCAAGUUUAAACAGACAUCAAAACUUGGCUCAUCAUCAUUAAUAUUGCCAUCAACUAUAGAUUAG